GGCCGCGAUGAAAAGGAACGAAAUCAUUGGGUGCGCGCUCUUGAGACAGUCAUCCGUGAGUGUGGGGGAUAUAGGAAAGCACCGAAGAAACAGGAAAAUGCAUCGGAGGCACUGAAACAUAAGAUUGUAGAAGCAGAUCAUCACUUAUCGGACAUAAUUCUGCAGGUGAAAGGCCUAGAAGCACUCAAAGAGCAUGUUUCGGAAAAAGACCGUAAAAAUGUGGACGAUUUGAUCACUUCCAGUAACCGACUACUAGAUACGGUUAAGCAUGCCAUCAUUCUUUUACAGGAUUUCCUGAAAUGUGAAGCUAAUCGCCGAAAUUUGGCAAUUGCUCACUAA